AUGGCACCGACACGGAGAGCGCUGUCGUUGCUGACAUGGACGGCGCUGUUCGCGCUGCUCAGUCUUCUCAUGUCCCCUGUAGCGGCACGCAAAAAGAUGCUCAUCUACACCUACACACAAGGCUUCCACCACUACUCGAUCCCCACUGCCACCAAGGUAGUGCAGCAGCUGGCAAAGGACGCUAAUCCACGCAUCGAUACGGUCCACUCGGACGAUCCGAGCGACUUUGAACGAAAAGAUUGGCUCUCGCAGUUUGACAUGGUCAUGUUCAUCUCGGUAUCCGGCAAAGCGCUCUCAGACGAUGGAGCAGAGGCGUUCCGCGAAUACAUCGAAGCUGGCGGGGGCUAUCUCGGCGUGCACGAGGCAUGCGAUGCAUUGUACCAACAACACUGGUAUGGUCGCUUGGUAGGCGCAUACUUUAACUACCAUCCGCAAAUCACCUGGGCCACGUUGAACGUCAUCAACCAGACGCAUCCAGCCACAGCACAUCUCAAAAAGUCGUGGAGGGUGUACGACGAAAUGUACAACUACAAUUCGGAUCCUUCGAAAUGGGGCAAGCAGUACCUGAUUACUGCUGAUCAGUCUUCGUACAAUGAUCCCGUCGAGACGGUUGCGCAACGUGCGCAGGAGCAGGGCAAUCCACAUCCGAUCGCGUGGUGGAAGGAAGGCAACCAGCUCUCGUACAAUCCACACGUCAAGGUCGGCGGCGGGACCGAUCCGACCAAGCAGGAGAUCCGAUCAGGCAAGGCAGGUACGGGUGGACAAGGUCGAAGCUUCUACACCGCAUUGGGUCAUACCAACGCCAUGUGGCACGACGACGAUUUCCAGCAGCACAUCAUGGGUGCUGUCAGUUGGUUGAUGGAUUCGCCUGUUCUUAGGUCCUCCUCAGCGAAUCCCCCCAAGGGCGCUGUUGGAUCCGACUAUGUUGCAGCAGACAUCUCCGCCAACGUGACGGUGGGCAUCGGCCCGAGUCGCGCCGAUUCGGGACCUGGGAUCUCGUCGACACUGCCGAAACGGGAACCGAAGAAGCGCUUACCAGAGAUCCAGCACCGAAUGCUUCCCGAAUGUAGCAAACCCCGUGACCGAACCCGCCGUCAAGCGACCGAUCCAGAAGGACGGUACGAUCGACAAGUCGGGUACAAGACAACUUAA